UACACAAACAACUCUCUCUCCCUCUCUCUCUCUUUCUCAUAUCUAUAAUUAGGGUUCUAGAAUCGUCCAUGGAGAGAGAAGAAUGCAGCAGCAGCGAAUCUGGUUGGACCACGUAUAUAUCUUCGCCUAUGGAGGAAGAGGUAAUUGAUGAGCUCUAUUAUGAAGGGCAUAGCAUCGUAAAGGAUCGUAGCAAAUAUGCAAAUGAAUACGAAAGUAGCAAGGACAGCGACGAUUCGAUGGCUUCCGAUGCCUCUUCCGGGCCAAGUUAUCAAUAGUAUCACCAAACAAGCAAUAGAGGGAAACGGAGAGAAGGUCUCGGUUUAUGCAAUGAGAAAUGUGAAAGUAAUAGUAAGUGUAAUGAUGUUUAUGAUCAUCAUACUGAUGAUAAAAAUAGUGGUAAUCGUAUAUCUAGAAAAACUGAGAUAAAAAAGAGUGAAAACAAAGGUAGGUAUCAUAAAAAGAAGUAAUAUGUUUUUUUUUUUUAAUGUAAUUGUAUAUUGAGAUUGGACUAGAAAUUUGUCCUUUUUUGUUUUGAGA